AUUCAAUUAGGAUGAUUAAGAGUCACUUGCAUAAAUUAGCUUAACAAUAUGACCAUUUUAUUAUCAUUUUAAUAAGUCGAUCAUUUCUCUGCCGAUGGACGGUGAAAUACUCCGCUUUACAGACUACGUAUUUUAUUUUGGAAUCAGGUACCGGAAGAGUCGUUGACAGACUGUCUUUUAUUUUGGAAUCUGGUGCCGGAAGGGUCGUGGCCUCUAUUGACGCUGAGUAUAGCGCGGAGGUUCUGAGAUAAUCGGCCGAGAUAAUUGUUUCCAUCCAUAAUAUUCAUCGUUUGACCGCAAAAUGGCGGCCGCAGUCACGCUCGCGCUGUUGUCCUGUUUUCCCGCCGCUGUGUCCGCGCGCAGGGACGUGCUCGCGCUCGGUGACGCAGACUUCGACUACCUGGCAACGGGCUACGAGACCAUGCUGGUGAAAUUCUACGCUCCAUGGUGUGGACAUUGUAAGAAAUUAGCUCCAGAGUUUGAGAAAGCAGCGACCAGACUGAAGGGAACUGUCCAGCUAGCUAAGGUGGACUGUACAGCUCAUUCAGAGACCUGUGCUCGUUUCGGGGUGUCUGGUUAUCCCACCCUGAAGAUCUUCAGGAACGGAAGAGACUCGUCUCCCUACGACGGACCUCGCAGCGCAGAUGGGAUCUAUCACUACAUGAAGAAGCAGACUGGACCAGACUCCAUUCAUCUGAAAAGUGAAGAAGACCUCCAGACCUUCACCAACCACUAUGAUGCCAGCGUUGUAGGUGUUUUUUCAGGGGGAGACGGAUCUCAGCUGCCAGAGUUCCUGAGAGCUGCAGCUCUGCUGAGAGGACAGUUCAGAUUUGCUCACUCUGCUGAUGUAAAGCUGGGGGAGAGGCACGGAGUAAAGUCUGAGGGUGUGUUGUUGUUCAGACCUCCCAGACUCUCCAAUAAGUUUGAGGAGAGUGUCGUAGUCUUCAAGGAUUUCCUCACCAUCGGGUCCUUGAGACGCUUUAUAAGAGAUAACAUUCAUGGUCUGUGUCCUCACAUGACGCUGGAGAACAGGGACGCUCUAAGAGUUCGUGACCUGCUAACAGCGUACUACGACCUUGAUUACCAUCGUAACAUCCAAGGGUCAAACUAUUGGAGAAACAGGGUGAUGAAGAUGGCGUCUACAUUUUCUGGCCGUGGCCUGACAUUCUCCGUAGCCAAUAAGAAGGACUUCCUGUUCGAGCUGGAGGAAGACUUUGGCCUGGGGACAUCCGACGGGGGGGGGCUGCCGUUCGUCACUAUCCGGACCAAACUGGGCCACAAGUACACCAUGAGAGAGGAGUUCACGAGAGAUGGUCAGUCCUUGCAGAGGUUUCUAGACGAUUACUUUGCAGGUCGACUUAAACGUUAUAUUAAGUCUGAACCGAUACCUGAAAGAAACACUGAUGCUGUCAAGGUGGUUGUUGCCGAGUCUUUCGACGACGUCGUCAAUGAUCGCGAGAAAGAUGUUUUGAUCCAGUUUUACUCUCGGUCCUGUUCACACUGCAAGAAACUGGAGCCGGUCUACAGAGAGCUUGCUGAGACGCUGUCCUCUGACCCGAACAUCAUCGUUGCCAAGAUGAACGCAGGCGACAACGACGUCCCUCUGGGAUACGACGUCCAGGGGUACCCAACAAUCUACCUGGCUGCUGUGGGGAAGAAGGAGGAGCCAAUCCGAUACGAGGGUGGACGAGAGCUCAAAGACUUCCUGAAGUUUCUGAAGAGCGAGUUGAGACCUCGGCGGGUUGUUGGUGGACUGAAGAAUGAACUCUGACAGCUUUUCUUCCAACAAUCAGAUUCCUCCGUUAACACGACGUCUUCAAUGACAUCACCACCCUGAUCGCUUGUGUUUAUCAUUUUAUCCAUAUUUACAAGUUUACAGUUCAAGUUUUUCUUGAAAGAUUUUAAAGGGGUUAAAGAGGAAAAAGUGACAAUACGACUUGUUUCACAAAGCUGAUAAUAAUUGAUCAGUUUGUUAAUUUUCUAAAUAAGGUGAUUUGUUUGUAUUUGUGAAAAGUGUUUUGAGAAAUAAACAUCUUCCUCUGGUGGACAUUCAUAAAACCUUCAAUGUUUUCUAAUCGAUGAUUAGAAUUCUGUUUAUUCCUCAUGUUUAAAGUUAUUCAUUGCCUCAGUUGUAAUGACUUAACAUUUUUUAUGUCUAUCAAUGAUUUACUUUUUUUGUUACCUAUUUUUAUUCAUAAGUAUUUAUGUGUUUAUUUUCAUCUUUAUAUUUAUUGAUGUGGUUUUAUCAUUUUUAUAUUUAUUGAACUGUUUUUAUUAAUUUAAUUUGUCAUAUUUAUUUGGUUCAUAUUUAUUUCCCUUGUGUGUUUUUGUACAUUUAAGUAAUAAACUGAUGAGAAUAUUUAAAUACACCUGUAAUAGUGUCUAUUGUUUAAUAUCAUAUUUA